AUGACGGACGGUGCGCUCGGACAAAUUUGGUUUACACAGGACAUAUCGCGAUGAGCGGAUGGGUGGCAAUUGGAUGGUCGAUGUUGCUGAAAAGCUGACGAGGUGACGCUUUGCUGAGGGUUCGAUAACUUCAAAGCAUCGCAUCUGUCGACUCGAUAUCGAGAGCCGAAUACUUGUUCGGCAACGACAGGCAAAGAAACGGACAAGAAUGCGGCCUGCACGGUUAGAGAGCCAGCUCUGCCAACGACCGUUCAGACCCGCAAGUAUGAUGUCUAUUGA